GCGGCCGGCACGGCAUCUCUAGCCGUCGGGGCAUCUGGAUCCGGGGCUGGGGGGCAGGUGACACUAGAAGCCGGUCGUAGCGGGACCUCGCCCGGCGAGAUUACAUUUAGUACCGGCCACUCUGGCGAUCUCUCAGUUACCACGGCAGAUACCAGCAGAACUGAUGGCUAUUCUGGCAGCGUCUUCAUUAAAAGUGGAGACUCUGCGAGCAGUGGCGAAAUAUCAAUUGAGACAGGCAGCACUCCGCAGACUUCUGGGUCCAUUGCUUUGGACACAGGUGCUACCUAUCACCGCACUGGAGCUGACGUAGCGAUUGAGUCGGGAACUGGUCACCCCGGUGGUGACAUCAAGCUGGAGGCGGGAAAUGCCUCGUCUUCGCUUGUGGGACAGGGCGGUGCUGUUGUUGUGCAAGGUGCCACAGCGGAAGAGAUGGGCGCUGGCGGCUUUGUUCGCUUACAGGGUGGCUACACAGAAGACAUGAUCUCUUCAACUACUACAAUACUCACUGGAACUGGGGGAAAUCAGUCUGGUCACGUGUUUCUUGAGACAAAAAAUUCAGGUCCCAGCGGACUGAGUGGCUCUCUGGUGGUGGGCACUGGUAGUUCAACACGAGAUAAGUCUGGUGCAAUCAGCCUGUCCGCCGGUAGUAGCCUGACAAAGAAGGGGGGGUCUGUCAGCCUCGCAGGUGGCUCAGGACAAAUUACCGCAGCAGGUAUACACAUAGAGGCCGGAAUGACGUGCCUUGCUAGUGGAGAUGGAGCGGAUAUUGUACUGGGAACCGGAACGUCAGCGGGAAAGGCCACAGGUAGUUGCAUUAUUGACACGCCGUGCUCACAUCGUGACGGACCCAGGAUUACCGCGCAGACCGGUUCCGGUGUCUCGCAGACGGGAAGUCUUGCCGCAGCCACGGGCAAUGCUAUCGCAGAUGCCGGCCCUGUCUGUGUAACUGGAAGUGCUGCUGAACUAGCUGGGCGCAUUGCCCUAAGCGCAGGCCGAGGUACGUCCGUGGGGGGGGCAGUUGAUUUUUCCAUCGCAAAUGGUUGUAGCGGGCAAAUAAACUGCGCGGCUGGCGGCGGUGCAUCGUCGCCAAGCUGCUCUAUUUUUACCGCAGCGGGUAGCGCCCUUGCCUCAAGCGGCGGAUGCAUACACGCUAUUGGGGGGCACGGUACCGCUGCGGGUGGCCGUGUGGCGGUCAGGAGCAGCGCUUCUGCAACCGAUAUGGAUAGUACCUGCCGCUUGAUGACAACAAACACAGCAUUGAAUAGUCACAGUGGCAAAAUUCACCUCGCCACCGGGAAGAAUACCGAAGGCAAUAUCGCGCUACGGUCCGGUGAUGGAGUAUUUGGCGCAAAUGCGGGUGAUGCUCUAGCCCUUGCUGGCACGAGUGCAAUCGAUGAUGGGACGACAGUCGGCAUUGCAUCGGGCGCAGGGCGAGCAACUGGCGGUGACAUCAGCGUGAUCGGUGGAGCCGGUUGCUCUUCGGAUGCAGCAUCUGGCGGCGAUGGUGGAUCCAUCAAGGUUCUUGGAGGUUCGGCCUUUGGCGAAGCGUCUGGUGAUCGCGGAGGCCCCAUUUGCAUUUCCGGUGGAAGUUCAACUGAAGGCGGCGGCGGCACAGUUAGAGUCGACGCUGGAGCGGCCAAUCACGGCAGCGGCACAGGCGAUUCCAUUAUUGCCACGAACUCUGCAAUCGCAGCAAGCGGCGGAUUCUUGCUGACUACAGGCCGCGGCUGCGGGGCGUCAAGUGGGAUUGUUGGUGUUGGGACGGGAUCAGUGGUGGGCGGCAUCAGUGGCGCAAUUAUUGUCUCAACGGGAACUUCUUCUCGUGCAGAUGGUGGUACGAUUGAUCUCGCUGGGGGAAGAACGACGGCUUGGGCACACAGCGGUGGAGCCGUACGAGUCCUUGCCGGUGAUGGCACUGGCUCACAGAGCAAUGAUGGUGGUGAUGGCGGCGAAGUAGAUGUUAUUGGUGGCGAAGCCUGUGGAACUUGCGCUGCAGACUUCGGCGGUGGCGUUAUUGCG